UACUGAUGCUGCUGCCCGUAUAGUCGCAUAUAUCCUGGAGGCCUCCUCCCACUCAUCACAGCUCGAGAUUUCGCAUCACGAGCCCUUAAUUUUUUAUCGCAGAAAAGUCCUGUCUCUCCGCAGCACUGCAUCGGAAUAAGGGCUCAAUGAAGAAAAUCUUCUUCAACUGAAAUUUAACUGACAUAUCAGCGACAUUCGUGACCGAGAGAGGGAAACCGGGUUUUUUUUAUUUUUUUAUUUAUUUUUAUUUAUUUUUUUUGCAUCAGCGCAAAAGGAAGUUAUGUUCAUUCCAGUCGCGCGCGGGGAUGCUGGGAUGCGUCGUGUUUAGCGCACGGAACCUCGAUUUAUUCGGCCAGACGGGAGAAAUAAAAGGACCAGUAUAUGAGGCACAUUUUUAACUUUGUCUGAUAUCGAUUUGGAUUCGCUAGAGAGCAUUUGAUUGGAGCAUCGGGAUGUUUUGACGGGUGCGGGAAAUCUCCAAACAGGUUACAGAAGAUUUUGCCCUCAAGUGAACCACAUCCAAGCCAAAAAAAUUAAAAAAUAAAUAAAUAAUAAAGCACCGACAGAGAGCAGUUUGAAAGGAGGCCAACCAGCCACUCUGCACAGGAUUUAAAACUAUCGUCGCUUUAACAUCUUUUUGCACCUUCAAGGAGAAUAGAUUUUAACCGAGAUGAAAGUUUUCCCGGCAGUAUUGUUUCUUAUCACAUUUUGGAGUCUGGAGUGGGAGCCUGUGCUCCCCGAUUCAAUUAUUCACAUCGGGGCCAUUUUCGAUGAGUCUGCCAAAAAGGAUGAUGAGGUGUUUCGCCUGGCGGUGGCAGAUCUCAAUCUCAACAACGAGAUUCUGGAGACAGAGAAGAUCACAGUAUCCGUGGAGUUUGUAGAUGGGAACAACCCUUUCCAGGCAGUGCAGGAAGCUUGUGAGUUGAUGAACAGAGGAAUCCUAGCCCUGGUCAGCUCCAUUGGCUGUAUGUCUGCAGGCUCGCUGCAGUCUUUGUCUGAUGCCAUGCACAUCCCUCACCUCUUCAUCCAGAGGGCACCCGGGGGCACUCCUCGCUGUAGCUGCCCACCCACCAGUCGCGCUCAGCCAGACGACUACACGCUUUUUGUGCGACCGCCCGUCUACCUAAAUGAUGUCAUUUUCCAAGUGGUGAUGGAGUACACCUGGCAGAAGUUCAUUAUCUUCUAUGAUACUGCCUAUGAUAUCCGGGGGAUACAGAACUUCCUGGACCAGACGUCUCAGCAGGGCAUGGACGUGUCUCUCCAGAAGGUGGAAUCCAAUAUUAACAUGAUGAUCACAGGAAUGUUCCGCACCAUGAGGGUGGAGGAGCUACACCGCUACAGGGACACACUGCGGCGCGCUGUGCUGUUCAUGAGUCCCGCUACUGCCAAGGCCUUCAUUACAGAGGUGGUGGAAACUAAUCUUGUGGCUUUUGAUUGUCACUGGAUCAUCAUAAAUGAGGAGAUUUCAGACCUGGAUGUGCAGGAGUUAGUAAUGAAGUCUAUAGGUCGACUGACCCUGGUGAGACAGACCUUCCUUCUCCCACAGAACACCAGCCAGCGCUGUGUCAGGGGCAACCACCGCAUCAACACCUCCCUCUGCGACCCCAAAGACCCAAAGGCACACAUGUUAGAGAUCACCAACCGCUACAUCUAUGAUUCGGUGCUGCUUCUGGCCAACACCUUCCACAGGAAGCUGGAGGACAGAAAAUGGCACAGCAUGGCGAGUCUUUCGUGUAUCCGCAAGGGCUCCAAACCGUGGCAGGGUGGCAAAUCCAUGCUGGAAACUGUGAAGAAGGGAGGAGUGAGUGGUCUCACCAGCUUGCUGGAGUUUAAUGACAAUGGCACCAACCCCAACAUCUACUUUGAGAUCCUGGGCACCAACUAUGGAGAGGAACGUGGCCGCGGAGUCAGCAGGCUCGCAAUGUGGGACCCAGUCCAUGGACUGAAUGGAACUCUGACAGAUCGGAAGUUGGAGAACAACAUGCGUGGAGUUGUCCUACGGGUGGUCACUGUACUGGAAGAACCUUUUGUGAUGGUCUCUGAAAAUGUACUUGGGAAGCCCAAGAAGUACCAGGGCUUCUCAAUUGAUGUGCUUGAUGCUCUGGCAAACUACCUUGGCUUCAAGUAUGAGAUCUACGUGGCUCCUGAUCACAAAUAUGGCAGCCAGCAGGCAGAUGGGACUUGGAAUGGUCUUAUCGGAGAGCUGGUUUUCAAGAGAGCAGAUGUGGGUCUCUCAGCCCUGACCAUCACUCCUGAGCGAGAGAGCGUGGUAGACUUCACCACUCGCUACAUGGACUACUCCGUGGGUGUGUUGCAGAAGAAGGCAGAGAGGACGAUGGAUAUGUUUGCAUGCCUAGCCCCCUUCGACCUCUCUCUGUGGGCUUGUAUAGCUGGCACAGUGCUGCUAGUGGGGACUCUGGUGUAUCUCCUUAACUGGCUAAACCCACCCAGACUGCCAAUGGGAUCUGUCUCCUCCACCACCCUUUACAACUCCAUGUGGUUCGUUUAUGGCUCCUUCGUUCAGCAGGGUGGCGAGGUGCCCUACACAACUCUGGCCACAAGGAUGAUGAUGGGGGUUUGGUGGCUGUUUGCUCUGAUAGUCAUCUCCUCCUACACAGCAAAUCUGGCUGCCUUCCUUACCAUCUCUCGCAUUGAGAACUCCAUUCAGUCUCUACAGGACUUGGCAAAGCAGACAGACCUGCCAUAUGGCACGGUUCUAGACUCUGCCGUUUAUGACCAGGUUCGCAGCAAAGGCAUGAACCCUUUCGAGAGAGACCCUAUGUACUCACAGAUGUGGAGGAUGAUCAAUCGAACAGGAGGAGCUGAAAACAAUGUGGAAGAAUCAAAAGAAGGCAUUCGCAAGGUGAAGUACGGGCGUUUUGCAUUUGUGUGGGACGCAGCUGUGCUGGAGUAUGUGGCCAUUAACGAUGAGGACUGCUCGCUUUACACUGUGAGCAACAGUGUGGCUGACAGGGGCUACGGCAUCGCGAUGCAGCAUGGCAGUCCCUACAGGGACAUCUUCUCACAAAGGAUCUUGGAGCUUCAGCAGAAUGGGGACAUGGACAUCCUAAAACUGAAGUGGUGGCCACGGGAAAGUCCGUGUGACCUGUACUCUCCUGUGGGCACUCGGAAGACUGCCACCGCUUUAGACAUCCACAGCUUUGCAGGCGUCUUCUUUGUACUAGCGGCCGGUGUGGUGCUCUCCUGUCUGAUUGCCACAGUGGAGACCUGGUGGACACGGAGGAAGGGCUCCAGAGUGCCCUCCAAGGAGGAUGAUAAGGAGAUCGACCUGGAGCACCUUCAUCACCGGGUUAACAGCUUGUGCACGGAGGAUGAGAGCCCCCACAAACAGUUCUCCACCUCCUCCAUCGACCUGACGCCCCUGGAUAUGGACUCCCUUCCGGCUGCCCGGCAGGCCCUGGAGCAGAUCAGCGACUUUCGUAACACGCACAUCACCACCACCACCUUCAUCCCAGAGCAGAUCCAGACUCUCAGCCGCAGCCUCUCUGCCAAGGCGGCGGCCGGAUUCGCCUUCGGGGCCAUGCAGGACCACCGGACUGGGGGGCCUUUCCGGCAGAGAGCCCCCAAUGGCGGCUUCUUUCGCAGCCCCGUCAGGACAAUGUCCAGCAUCCCAUAUCAGCCCACCCCAGCCCCCAACUUCAGCUAUGGCAAUGACCCAGACAGGGGCACCUCCAUAUAAACUAGAAUGGGCUUGGGCCUGUAAGUUGGAAACAAACAUACAAAAGAAAUAUAUGUAAAUACAAAUGUUAAUUUUUGUUUGUCGUUUUCUCUUGGCUUUGGAUCUUGGCAAUGGAGUGCAGAGUACUUGUCCUGACUGAACUCAUCAACGAGAUGAGGAUGGAAUAAAAUGAUAAUUAUCAUCUUUGUGGUUGUCUGGAGAUUUCCUCUUUGAACAAAAUGCCUUUUUUGCCACAUUACAUUUUUGAUGAUCUCAUUUGUGGGGAGAGAAAAAAGACUGCAUCAGAUGUUGCAAUGAUGGUGUGUUCACCUUUUUGUUUUGUUUGGAAAAAACAAACUCUGCCAAGUUUUCCACAGAUCUGCAAUAACUCCAUUACAAAGAAUCGUCAACUCGUCACUGAAUCUAGCUUCUUACUCCCUCUAGUGGAGCAAUUAAACAUGGCAGCCAAGACUGUGCUGCUAACAUUACAGAAAGCACCAGGCAACCUGUGGAGUGCAGGACUGUGGCUUUCUUCUGCUGCCUCGGCAGUGUGUUUCUGAAGACUUCUCAUCCUCUCUGCCAUCUCCCUGAAGAUGAGAUCUACAUUAAGUCUUUAAAGGACUCUGUGGGAAAGACUGACUGAACUUUAUAAAAAAAAAAUUAUUAUACAGGAGAAAGGAUGAAACAAAUGCUACUAAAUGUCUCCUACUGACUUUAAGUAUAACAAAUCUUAAAUGUAUGGAAUGUGUCUGGUCAGAGAGUUUUAACAAAAAAUAGUUCAAAGCUGUCUGUAGUUUUAGUUCUCUCUUUUUUAUUAUUAUUAUUAUUAUUAGUUUUGAAAUUGCUUCAGUGCCAUCAUGUUACUUUGGUUUGCACCAUGAAAUCAACAAAGGUUUGUAGUCACGUCUGUAGCUGUAAUCCAGGAUUCAACAAAAAACAGCAUUGUGUAGAAUAGCUUCAUUGUAUAUGCCACAUGCUUGCAGCUGUGCAUCACAGAUUUGGGAGAUCAUUGAUUGAGAGAGUUUUUAAAUGCAUUCUUAACACAAGCCUUAGAAGAAGGGGCUGUUUUUUACUUAUCAAAUGUCAGUCCUCAACUGAAUACAACGCCAUCUGAAAACGCUGAUAUGGUGGCCACUUUUGAGGGGGUUAUUUGAAAUAUCUUUCUAUUUCAUUUCGUAAAUGUUAAGGGGUAAUAUUUAUCUAACUUUUUUUUAAGUGCUAAUUGUUUAAACAAGGCCAUCAAAGUGUUGUAAGAGUUAAAAAAAAAAAAAAAAAAACAUUUAACAUUUUGAGAACAAAAAACAAACAUCCUUUUCACUAACAAAAUGUAUUAAUAUUUACUAAUGUUAGUCAUUUAGAUUGAGCUUUCAGUUUGUUAUCCUCUGACUAAUUCGCAAAUGUUUUGUGUAGAGAAAACAGUGUUUUGAUGCAAGCCUAUAGGUGUACUUUUCUUAAGAUAUGAUUACUGAAAGAUUAUAGAAGCUAUUUUUAUUUAGUAUCUGUUUAAAGAUUAUUAUUUAGAAUAAAUGAAGAGACAUUAAAAUGUAUAUUUUACAUGCAGAUAAUUUUUGUUGGGUUGAAGAAGAUAUAGAGUAUACUGUAAUAUCUGAGCGUGUAAAGCUCAGUUAGCCACUGUCACAUUACAUGAAUUUUUCCACAGUCUCUCUGCAGUAAGGCAUUGUCAUUUGAUUUCAUUUCAUUUUGAUUUCUUAAUUUAUCAAAAAGGAGGCAAGGGUUUUUUUCUGUAAAAGAAGCAUGCAAAACCUGCUAUACAUUUUUUUUUAUUAUUAUUUCAUACAUAGAAUUGUACAGGAUUACUUCAUUUUCAACUGAUUAUAAUGUACAGUAUUUAAUAUAGGCCUAUUUUGUUGUAUGUGUUGCAUAUUAUUCAAAUGGAACAAACUGAGGCCUCUGUUACAAGUUGCAAAGCUUUCUGUGUAUAAUUUGUCUAAUAAACAUGUUUUCUACAGUG